GUUGUUAAUAUGUUUUCGAAUGUAAAGUAAAAAUCAUGUAAUAAAUGUGAUGAUAAAAUGAAAAAGAAAUGAAGCAAAAACAGAAAGAAGAUAAUAUCGCAAAUUAGUGUCGGAUAUCGAUUAUCUCUCGGUACAGCGGAUAUUGCGAUAAAAAAAGGUAAAAAUUGUUAGAAAAAAGGGGAAAGUGGAUAAUUACGUGAGAAAAAUGAAAACCGUCUGAACUGGCAACAUACGAUUAAACUAAAAAAAUUUGGAAGUUUUUUGAUGUUCAGAAUAUUGCAAAUAUGGCGGUAUAGAUUCAUAUUGCACGUAUACCUAUACUAUGCAUACAAUAAUUGACGACUUGCAAUGUUAAAACGAGUGAGAAAAAAAUAUCUUGUAAAUACAAAUUGUCGCGAUGAUCAAUAUUACUUGUUUUGCAUUAAGUUGCUAAUAAUUAUUGCUCUGAAGUUCUCGCAUCAUGUGUUAAAUACACAUUAAUACAUGUGAUACGUAAAUGUCUGGUGGUGCGAUAGCUUUUUCUUUGAUAAGGAAUAAUUGACAUACGCGAUCGUUAUGACUCGUAUUUUCGCUAUAUUCAGUGUUAUUAAUAACUCCGAAAUGAAUCGAACGAUAAUUAUACACCCGCCAAAGAAUAGACUAUCCAUAAUCCGAUUUCAAAUUCUUUCGCAAUUAGUUUACUCAUUUUAUAGAUUGUUUGCUUUUGCUAUUCUCAAUUAUUCAUCAUUCCAACGUACGACAGCUGUUUCGCGAUUCGCGAAAGCUUAUCUGCAUAACUAUAUUGUAGAUGUUGUUUUCAUUUACACCGAAACGGACGAACAAUAUGAUAGCCGGUAUAACGACACAAGUAUGAAGAAAUAAUAGAAUAAAAUAAAAACAACAUUUAUAAGUCUACAGGAAUUUUACUAUCUCAUGGGGUGACUAUGCUCACGAUCGAAUGGAUUUUGCGUUGAGCAAUGUGGAUAAGCUUCGAAUAAAGAAAAAGGGGGCACGUUUUAAUCGUCGAUAAAAGAAAGGAGAGGCCUUCGUGGGUCAGUAGCACAGUAGUAAUAAAUAUUGGUGCACGGUAUUGACGGAUUAUUUCUGCAUCUAGGCAACGUGUGUAGCGCGUAACCUAUAUGUAUACUAUAUGGUACAUACAUAAUAGUACGUACCCGUUUGAAAAGAGGUUUUAUAAAUAAGAGACGGCAUAGGCUGUUCUAUUGAAGAAAAUUACGAAUAGAAAUUCAUCGCGGUUUACGGAAUAUAACCGCGGCCGACUACGUUCAUGCAGUUGCAUUCGCUGUUGAAUUUUUUCACCCAGAUAUCAAGCGGCGCAUUUACGUAACCCGUAUAAGAGAACAGAGCUCCCUAUAGCAUAUUUCUACGUCCGUAAGCCGCAAAUACGACGGCGACGACGACAAUUCCGAAGCGGCUCGGGGAUGCCGAUUUUUAAAUCUCCUCCGAUCCACCGGUAUCUGAAAGAAUAUAUACUGGCCUGUCUCAUCGCCAACACUUCCGUUCUCGGACCUGCGAUGGGAUUGGGAUACAGUGCGAUCGCUUUGGGUCCUCUGGUCGCACCUGACAGCGAAAUAAAAAUCACAUUUAACGAACAGUCUUGGAUCGCUAGCAUAACGGCGAUCACUACACCGAUCGGUUGCAUUUUAUCCAGCUUUUUUAUGCGUCGUGGAAGACGUUUUGGAAUAAUCGGAACAUCUUUGACAUCGGCUAUAGGAUGGUUGGUUGUAUAUUUUUCCUAUGACGUCAGCCAACUUCUAAUCGGUAGGGCGAUCUGCGGAGUUGCUAUCGGACUCGCGUCCGUACCCACGACAGUUUACGCCGCUGAAAUAUCGUCGCCAAAAUUGAGAGGAUACGUCGUCACCUGGACGAGCGUUUCCAUCGCUUUUGGUGUCCUCGUCGUUUAUAUCUUCGGAUAUUUUUUCCAGAAAGAUUGGCGUUUGGUAGCACUUUUGUGCGGUUUAUUUCCAAUAACUUCGUUGAUCCUGGUAAUAUUGAAACUUCCGGAAUCUCCGGUGUGGCUUCGUUCUGCCGGUCGUUUAAUGGAGGCAGAAAAAUCUCUUAGAAGAUUAAACGGCAUCAAUAAUUCCAAUUUAGAAACGCCGUCCGAUCUCCUAUUAGAAUUAUCUCCAUUGUCUAAAGAGAUUAUAAAUGACACAGAAGGAUUAGGUAAGAGAUUGAGAUCGCGAGGUGGUAUAUUUAGUCCUUUGAAUAUAAAGCCACUUUUGAUAAUGGUUGGUUAUUUCUUUUUCCAACAAUUCUCGGGAACAUUUGUAGUGAUAUAUUACGCCGUAGAUUUUACCUUAGAGGCCGGUGUUUCCAUCGACGGUCAUAUCGCGGCGAUAUUAAUCGGUCUAACAAGAUUAAUAGGUACGAUGUUAGUUUCUUACAUAUCCCGUAAAUUCGGUCGUAGAAUUCCUUCCAUUAUUUCCGGCGUUGGUAUGACAAUUUUCAUGAGUAUAUUAUCCAUAUACGUGUGGUCAGAUUACGCCGGUAAUAAAAUAAACGACAACGGUAUCAUUCCGGUGAUAUCGAUUUUGAUGUACAUAUUUUCAAGUGCAUUAGGUUUUUUGGUACUUCCAUUCGCGAUGAUAGGUGAAAUAUUCCCUGCAAAAGUGAAAGAUAUUUUUUCUGGUUUAACGACAUGUUUAGCAUAUAUAUUUAGUUUUGCCAUAUUAAAAAUAUAUCCAGACAUGUUACAUGGUUUCGGUAAACACGGUGUAUUCUUAUUUUACGCAAUCAUAUCGUUCAUCGGUACAGUAUUCGUUAUACUACUGUUACCCGAAACGAAAGGUAAAUCUUUAAAAGAUAUCGAAGAACUAUUCGUUAAAAAAAAUCGUAGCAUCAUUGAAAAAAAUAAUAAGAAUCUCAUUAUAGAAACCGAAGAAAUUAUUGACAGUAAAAAUCGUAAUACGAUUGCAAUAAAUUCUCGAAAUUAGGAUAGUUUAAUAUUUCAAAGUUCCUAUAUAUUUAAUUUCAUCAUUGUUCUUUUAUUCUGAUUUUUUUACUCUCACCUCCUCCCGCCAUUUUUCCUCAUGGUAAUAAUUUAAAUAUAAAUACGUAUAUUUUUUACUUUAUAAGUAUUAUUGUAUUAUGGAAAAUAAAUGAAAGAAAAAGAAAAUUUUUCCCAUACAAGUAAAAAAUAAUCACGU